AUGGUUGGCCGGGCUUUUGCCAGACGUCGUCAAUCGAUGGCGCCGCCAGUCGCUACCGCUGUCAGAAAACAACCAUCAACAGUAUCACGUAAGUUCGGAUAACUUUAAGUGUUGUGAAGUUUAUCAGUUGAGUAUGACUCGAAUCAAAAAUCUAUGAAUUGAUAAAAAAAAGACAAGCUGGUGUAUUGUAUUUGAUUUCAAGUAUAUCUGAAAUCAUGAAUUCAGGGCCCAUUAAAAGCUCGACCUCAGAUAUGCUCUAAAAUCGUACCUCAAACAAGAAAGUUUCUGAUUCUGUUUUGAGUUGCACCAUAUAUUUCACAGAUCAACGACGAACUCGUUCUGAGUUUCUGAAAUUCUCGAGCAGGCGGGCCACUGGAGACUACCUACGAUGUUUGAACUUUCAGCCAAAAUAGCGUUCACAGAAAUAAUUUUGAGACAAAAGAUACUUCUGAAAUUGCAAAAAUUAUGUGUCGCAGUUGUUUUUUAGCCACACUCAAAUCUAGAAAAAUCGUUUCAAAAUAACUUUGAGAAUUUUGAGAAAUUUCAUUUUUCCACCCAAUUUCUAUGAAAACUGACGUCAUAUUAUUGUCUACUUUCAAAUUACGGUGAAUGCCCAGGAGAUUUUUGAUGCUAUUUUAAAAUUCACGAAAUAGAAAAUCUAUUUCUGUGAUUUUUUCUCUCCGGGUUAUAGGUCUAUGCAGAUUUAAAUUUUGUAAUAAAAAAUACAAAAAAUCAUAAUUUUUCUAAUGGUAAACAAAAUAUACAGUUUAUUAUACUCGAGUAGAGACAACAUGAAAUUGAGAGAGCGCAGACAGACAACAAAGUUUCUUGUAUUUUUUGUUCGUAAAAUCAAUUGUUUUGUCUGCACUCUCUGAAUUUCACGUUUUCUCUACUCUACUCAAAAAAUAAUAAACUGUUUAUUCUGCAUAGGAAAAUUAUGAUUUUUUUUAGUUAGCCAUGUUUUUUCCAUCAUUCUCUUUCUGACUUGUUGGAAAUAUUAGGUUAAUCUCGAUUUGUCAGUUUCAUGCUUACUCACAUGAUAAAUUUAGUCAUAAUGACUGAAAAUUAGAACUAGUGAUUUCAAUCUCGUCGUGAUUUUGAAAUUAUGCUUCACAAAAAAACCGUCAGAACACUUUUUCGUCUCAUUUCAUUUCAGAAAACAAAAAACAUGUCGUUUUUUCUUUCUAGUAUUGUUUUUGCCUUCUCCUUGUUACUUUUUUGCGGUUAUUAUUUCAUUCAUUCAUUCAUUUCGUUUAGCAAGGUGAACCGCAAAAUAUACACAUAUAACAUAUAUAUUUAUAUAUAUUUUGCUUCUAAAAAACUGAAAAGAAUAUUGUUUUGUUACCUUUUUUUCUGGGAACUCUUUUUUUUUCUCUAUUCUCACCAAAAACGCCAGUUUUUUCUUCGAAAUUUCACUUGACAACCCAGAACACAACAAAAUGUCAAUAGGUUUGUUCCGCUAUUUUUUCAUCGUCUUCUGUUUUCUUUUAUUUUGUGUGUGAAGUGCCCACCAAAUUGAUACAUCUCUGUAUAUUUUUCACACAAGUGGACCUUUCUUACGAAUCGCUUUCAUUUGUUUUUAUUUGGUAUCUGAUUCGAAAAUAGAAUUUAUCUUUAUUAUUAUUUCAAAUAUUCGACGUCUGAUGGAUGAUUCGAACAUCUACGCAUCGACCGAGAAAAUCGGUUCAAUUGAAUCGAAGUUUGUCGAAUUUGCGAUCUUCCGAUUCAAUUUCUUCCAGUUUGUCCAGCGAAAAAAGUUGGUUUUUGAAAUAAAAAUACCGUAGUAUUUGUGUUCUCGAAAGAGCAGGUGUUUUUUUUAGAAAAAAACAUUGGAGGUGUAUGGAAAAUACGGUAGUCUAACAUUUCUGAUGAAUUAGAAGCGGGAUGUUUUGAAGUUGAAGGGACUGGGGAUGAACGAAAAUUUGGCAGCGCUGAACAAUUUUGAAACGUUUUUUCGAUUUCAGAUUGUGAGCCAGGCCUAAAGAUUUUUCAAAAUUUUAAUAAGUUUAAAAACAUACCAAAAAAAUAUUAUUUAAGUUCAGUUGGAAUUCUGAAUUUCGAAAUAGAAAGAACGGUUUUUAAAAAUUUCGUUUGAUUCAUUUAAAAAUGAAUAUGUGAUAUUCAAAGUGAUAUUCCUCUCACUCGCAAAACAAAAUUGAAAAUUUAAGAAUAUCUAAAACCAUUUAUUCGAGUCUAGAUAAUCAUAAGUUCUCACAAUAUGAUAAAAAUAAUUUUUCAGAACCCAAAACUUCGACAUCUUCAACAUCCCACCAUCCACCAUCUCAAACUCAACAACCAGAGCAACAAAACCUAUUAGCCCCACCACAGCCUUCUCAUGCUCCGCCAUCUUCACAAUCACAAACAUAUCACCAAUACCAUCGACCACAACACGAUGAAAAUGGUUAUUUGGUUCACAAUUACACAUCUCGACCAUCCAUUGAUUUUCGAACCGCUGUUAUUGAGGUACGCUAUUUUUGAGGGGGUAGAAACAUUUUUUUCUAUUUUUUUUCGAGAGCAAGAAAAAAACGAUUAGUUCUUUUCUCCUUUUUUCUUCUUUUCCACACCAAUUUUGUGGUUGGUGUCGGCGUAAUAAUAACAAGAAAGAAAGGCAAAACGAAACAAUGUAAGAGGAAGUUGUAAGAAGGCGAGGUUAAUCUAAUUUUUUCGUGCCUUUUUGUUUCGCUUCUUCUGCAAAAAUUUAGGUUUGUAUCUUUCUGGGUGGUAUUCUCGAGUUUUUUUUCUUCUUGGUUAGAAGUAGAAUUGUACAUAUAAUUGAGAAUUAUUGAUGUGUUCAUAUGUAAUAAUCAUUAUUACAUUGUCUGGUUAGGUUAUGUGCGUAUGUGUUAUACUUUUCUAUGUAUGUACAUAUAUAUUGCAUUAUCCCAUUUUCAUAAUUCAGUAUAUCGCAAGUUUAUUUAUAGAAUCUUGAGGAUGGAUACGGUGGAAUUAGUAUAAUAUUCUAAUACUACUCUGGAAGAUUAGCAACUUCGUUGAAGUAAAUAUUGAUGUCCUGAAAAUUGAAUUCAAAAAUGAUAGAGUAAUUUGAAAGCUCUGAAAAUAGAUGUUUGGGAGAAUACAGAGUGUUUAAGUUUCUUAGAAAACGCUAUUUUAAAAGUUUUCAGUACCUUAAUGUUUCAGUAGAUAUCAUAUCAUUUUUUGAACUACAAUUUUUUUUGCUUCGAAGUCGAGUCUCGCAUUCUCCUUAGAUCCGGUAACUGAUGAAUCCUGAUCAACUUGGAGCAGGAAUGAAUUGUUCGAAAUUUGUUUGAAUCUAGUCAUGACGUGGCAAAACUGACAUUUGUCCAUAGUACCUUUUUUCAUAGUUUUCCUACAGUUUUGGUAAAUCAGCUACCGAAAAUUUGGUUUUCAAAAUUUCUUGCAACUCUAAUUUGAUAUUAAUAUAGUUUUCAACAGUUUCCAUAUUUUUAAUAUCUGCCAUUGCGUGUUCUUCAUUAUUCCAAAAACAGUAUCCUAACAAAACUAUUUUUCCCAAUUUUCGUAAAAAAAACCCAAUAGAUAUAUUUUUGGGCCAACAUUCAUUCAUUCAUAUUUUCGAAACAAAAACGCGCCAUUUUUUUUUGGAGAUAUGACAAACAUGCUAUCUUGGGUAUUAGAUGGCUGGCGCCAUGGCCUACCACCAACACAGAAGAACACAGCAAAAAAAAAUACACAUACACCAGGCACCAAGAGAACCACAAAAACAAGACAAUUUUUGUUGUUGUUGUUCUUACUCUCAUCCGUUUCGUUUCGUUUUUUUUUUGCUUCUUUAUUUUUAUUUUCUAUAUUCAGCUAGUUGCAAUUUUCGUCCGUCCGUCCGUCCGUCGGUCGGGAAGAUGCCUCAGCGUCUCCGUUUUUUCUCCUUCUUCUUUUUUCUCCAACUCGUCUUCUAUCCAUGUUUUAUUAAACUUCCUCAAUUUUUCGGUCGUUUCUUUCGUACGUACUCGCCAAAAGCAGCAUACACGUUAAAUACAUACAUAUACACAAACCUUUUUUCUUCUUUUUUCUCGCUCCAUGUUUUCUUUUUGCUUUUCAAUCUCACCUAGAAACUCCAAAAAUAGCACCCCCACCACCUUCUCUUCUACAGUACUACUUUUCAUUUUAAUGAAAACUACUUGCGUAGGUACGUAAAAGGGUUGUUUACGGAUCGAAUUUCAUUUUUUUUUCCUUUUUUGAAAGUUUUUUUUUGGAAAAGGAAACGAUGUUACUGGAUGUCCCCAGAGGUCAAACCUUCAAAAAAAUAUAUGUGAAAGUUUUGGUGGCCAAUUGCACCUUUUUAGGAAAAAUGUUUGUGACAUUUCUAAAAUUUUAACAAUUCAUGUUCGCGUUCUCACAGAAUGUAGUUUGUUAUCCGAAAAUUUUCCUUAGAAGUGGGGCUAAGGUCAACUUAAAGCUGAGAGACUUAGAGAUUUUUUUUUUGAUCUACCAGAAAAUGUUUGAGAUCUAGAGGUAGUGAUGUAUUCUCCAUUAGUUGAUUUUUUGGUUCAGAGUUCUGAUGAUUAUCGCAAGAUAUUCAACACCACCAAAAAAACUCAUUAAUAUUUCAUCAAUUAUGUAUGUGCUCAUGUUUCUCUUCGAACUCUUAUUUAAUAUUAAUUUUUUAUUCUAUAAAAAAUAUUUUUUUGGUUUUCUAAACACCUGAAACAUAAAAAUGUUGCUUAUGAAACAAAAAAAAAGAAAUCUUCUCAUCUUCCCAAUAUGUUCUCACGUGUUUUGUUUACUUUGUCCAUCUUGAAACGGAGAAAAAAAUUAUAUUUCAUGAAAUAAAAUCUAUAUCUUUUUUUUGCUGGGUCUUACAUACAUAUUCACAGAUUGAGGUUUUUUUUGCUGAAGAAGAAUAAAAACGAAGAAAACAAACGUUUUUUGUUUGGUUGCAUCUUCUCCGUCCGACCGGAGAACAAUUUGAAAUAUUCUCUUAGGACCCUUGGGGCCACUUUGAAUUUCAUUUUUGCGUUUGUUUUUCACAACACACGCAAAAAAAUAUAAUGAAACUUUGUCUCUUUCUUCUUCUUCUGUCUCCCCCCUUGUUUUUUUUUUAUUUUCAGUUUUUUUCUUGAUCUGAUAUGUAUGAGCUUCCAUUUUUUUCCAGUCGUGUAAUUCUUUUGGAACACUGACACGGCGACGAGAAGUAAUGAAAAUUGAUUAAUUUUUGCGCUCCUUCUAAGUAUUCCUUUUUUUUAUUUUACCACCCCUCUUUAUGAAUUCAAUUCAACUUUUUUUUCGCUUUUAUUUUAUUUCUUCUCUCUUGCAUAAUUUCUUCAGGAAUGUGUCUAGUUUUUUUCUCAUUUUUCCGAUGCUCAAACUUUUCUUCUCCAAUGUUGGAUUUCAAAUUUGAAGUACUGUGGUUCUAUCAAAAUCAGAAAUUUUUGUGCAAAUCUGGAAUUUUUUAUUUUUACUCGAUCACAAUAACCAAGGAUUAGCAAAAAAAAAUGCAAAAAUAAAAAUUAUUUUUAGAAUGUGCUCUAUCAAAUUUUCAGCCUGUUAUUGCGAAACCAUUUAUACGCUAUAUUUUCUGAAGUUUUCUUGGCUGAAUAGAAAAACAUGUUUCCAGAACUCUGGAAAAAUAUGGUUCAUCUGAGAUUUCGGAACCCAUGAUAAAUUUAUCAUCUUUGAAUUUUUGGAAUUUCUGAAUUUCUAGGUUGAAGAUUCAAGUUCAACAAUAUUCAAAUGAAGCGAUCUCUGUGAACCAUAUUUUUUUAGAGUUCAGAAAUAAACUGUUGUAGAAUUUAAAAAGAAGCAUUUUUUUUCUGAAUAAAGAAAUACAUUGAAAACGGUUUUUGAAAUUUUGAUUCUCUGUUUUCAUGCAAAAGUUUAGAAAUUUCAAAAGCUGUAGUGAAUUUCUGAUCUUUCGAAAAUUUCGUUCCUCUUUCAAGAUUCAAGUUAUCGCAACUCUUUCUCGAUUCCGGAAAUUUGACCACCCAUUUUUGUUACGUCGUAGGUCUCAAUUUUUUUGGAAGUUGUCAUUGGUCUUGCAAACUUCUAAAAAGGAAAUAACAAAAUUGUGGUCACCAUUUUUUUCCUUAUUUUUUUAUUUUCCUUCUCCCCCACCGCCCGCACACGUAUUUUUCUUCAUAUAUUUUCUCCAGUUCCAAAUUCAAGAUUCUUCAACUCUUUUCGAAUUUGUUGAAGCGUAGAAUCUCUCCCUCUCUCUCCCUCCCGGCCCUUGUUUGUUUUCUCUCUCUCUGUCUCCUUUUAUCCACGUAUUUUCUACUUUUACUUUAUUCUAAAAAGCAAAGAAGUUUUUGUUGUUGUCUUCUUCUUCUUCUCCUUAUUUUUUUUCUAGUUUCGUGUGUGUUUUUUUUUGCUACACUUCCUAUACUCAUCCCUUUAAUUGCUCUUCUAUCUUUUUUUGUGUUGGCUUCUUCCCGCCCGCGCGCGCGUGAGCCGAGCCGAGCCUCUCAAUAAUUGGUCAAAUUACACGGAUAUUCGAGUCUUCUCCGAUUUUCUCUUUUCUGUUGUGUUGAAUAAAAAUGUGUUAGAAAACAUCUAGCUUGAUAUAGUUGUCAUAUUUCCUAGACUUGUCUUAUUUUUUUGUUUGUUGAAAAAAAAAACAUUGUUUUUAGUAUUUUUCUAUAUGGCUUACUAUGAGGUACAGUUUAUAGGAGGGGAUUUUGUGAGAUCAGGAGGUUGGAUGUUUAGGUUAACAGGCUCUCACUAGGCUUUGUUUCGGAGUGGCGCUUAUAUUUCUAUGAGAGGUCCUGCUUUCACAGAAUUUGAAUAUCUAUGAGCUUUCAUUCCAACAAAAGGCUAUUCCGAGAGCCGUUCUCAUUGAUUUUCAGCGGAAUUUUGUUUUUGAAAAAUUUUAGAAUUUCACAGAUCACAAAUUAUUGAGUCUACAAUAAAUUUAUUCCAAACAUUUCAAGAAAAAAAUGGUAUAAUUAAUUUGAAGAAGUUUCCUCAUUUUCUUAUUAAAUAUAUAUGAAAAACGCGCACGCAUACGUAAGGAGUAGAAAAAAGCAGAAAAUGAAGAUGAAUGCUCAUUCACAGAGCAAAAACGCUUUAUCUUGUUUGUUAUCCCAUUAAUUUUGAUACAUUUUUGAUCCUUACAAAAGUUUCAUUAAUCACAAAAAUCCCAAAUAAACUUCCCGAAUUUUUUUAUGCUUGGGUGGUCUCGGACUACGGUAGUUAUUCUGAGCUACUGACAUUAUUUUUAUUAUUCUUAAUAAUAAUAAUGAUUUUUUUAUGGUUGAAGAAGGAAAGGAGGAGGAGGAGAAAAAAUGUUAGAAACAAGGAAAAAAACGAAGAAGCACUCUGAAUAUGAAUGAAGUUUUAUCUAUUGUUUAAAAUUUGUUGAGCGGAAAGUGCGCACGCUCCAACACUGAGAAAAGAGUACAUUUUCAUUGAUUUCGUAAGAAUCCAGAGUUUUUUUUUGAAGAUUACUGUAGGAUUUUUCGAAUUAGCUUAAAUUCAAAACUCGAAAUUUUUUGUUUAUGAAUUUUGAACAUCUGGGCUUCACAGCGUAGUUUACUAUCUAGUAGAUCAAAAAUAAUGUUCUCUGAAUCUCUCACUUUGUGUUGGUAAUUUUUAAAUUUGGUUCAUCAAUUUCCAAAAUCCAAAAAUAGUUCAAAAUGUCGUGAAUUUCAUCUUAUUGUUUUUCUGAUAAAAUCAAUAUCAUUUUUGAGAAUCCAAAAUUGAACCAUUUUUAAUUCUGAAAACCUUCAAGGUUCAGAAUCUUAUAAUAUCCAUAGAUCUUCAAAGCUAUCAUAUUUUUUCUCACAAUUAUCUCAAUUUUCUUCCAUAUUUUUCCUCAAAUUCAAAAAAUUGUUUCGUAUCACUUUCCCAUCCAAAAAACCCAUGAAAUUUAUAGAAUCUCGAAAUGUUUGCGUGUAUAUAAAAAAUAAUUCAGGUGUCUAGGUUUUAUGUGAAAAACAAUAUCAAUUUUUCGUACCAAUCUUUCAUUUCCACCUGUUCAGGGGUUCUUUUCUUCUCAAAAAACAAAACAUUCAAUUUUUGCAGGCUGCCUUACGGGCGUCACUUCUCGGACAGUCUGCACCAGCCAACAAUUCGGCGGCGGCGGCGGCAGCAGCAGCAGCCGAGCUUACCGCACCACCAGGACACGGACAAUAUUCAUCAACAAGUCGAUCAACUAGUUGUUCAUCAAGUUUUGUUAUCGACGAGCGCAAGUUCUCAAGCCCGCUCCGAAGAAGGUUUGUUGUUAUAUUUUUCCUUCAUUCUUAUUUCUUCUUCCCAACUCUUCUUCUUCGCCGGUUUUUUUCUCCUUUCCUUCACCCAAUAUAUUUUUUUUCAUUUAUUUAUUUAUUCACAUAUAUAUAGAGGAAAGAGGGGAGAUAUACUACUCUCAUAACACUCAUUAAUAAUACAUUUGUCCAAACCGUGAGCUUGACAACUACAUAUGUGAACUUCACAUUUUUUGCGUGGUGUUGAAUAGGAAAAAAUCUGUGAAUUCCAGAUGUUUCUGAUUAUCUGGGGUGUCUAAGGAAAAGUGUUUUUUCUUCUUCUUCUUUUUUUUCCGUUGUCGUCGUCUUAUUAUUCUUCUCUAUUCUCACUUGCUUUUGAGUUAAUUAGAAGAAAUAGGAGCAGCCCCUUUAAAGAAAAAAAAACGAAGAAGAAGAAGAAAUGGGAAGAAGCGUAACAAAAACAUGCGAAGUAAAAAAGAAAAACUAUUUUCAUUGAAAUGAGCUUUUUGUUUUUGCUAAGGUUUUCUUAAAAGUUUGCAACUGGUCACAUUCUAGUCCUCCUCAAAAUGAUAGAUCUAAAAAGUUGUUAAUCAUACUGUAGGACAGAAGAAAAAAUUAAAAAUCUCGGGGCGGAUUCUUAAAUCUGGUACACCCAAAGUUACUAACCAACUUUUUUGAAAAAGUCAAAUUUGGACCCCGAAUCUCAUUAUUUAAAAAUUUUUAUUGAAUUAUCAAUCGGUGAAUUAGAUGUUGGUGAAGAAAUUCAAAUUCCAAAUUUUUCCAGAAAAUAUUAAAAAUUUUGAAAAAGUGACAUGUUCAAUACUAAAAUUCAUGGAUGCUUUUGGAAAAUUUUCUGAAAUUAGAAAAUUUUGUACAACAGAAAAAUCUGACUGAUUGGUUUUUUAUUUGUUAUUAAAAAAUCCACGUAAAAAUAUAUUGCUGAUAGGAUUUUCGAGAAACAUAACAUCCAAAUUUCACAGUAAUAGAAUCAGAAUAAAACCGUAAUAAAAAAUUUGAGUGAUUCUUUUUGAAUUAUCAGUUGAAAAUUUCAGACUCACGAUUUCUUUAAACUGAAUGAAGUUCCUAAAAGUCUCAAAACUCAUAAUAACCACCACUCAUUUAUCUUCUUUCUUCUCCUCGUCUCCCAAAAAAGCACCAAAAAUAAUCAUGAAAAAAAAACGACGAAAAUGAGGGAGAAAAAUGAAUCAGUUGGGGUGUGUUUGGUAAUCCCACCCCGCAGUCUCCCGAAAGUCGUCUCUUCUGAACAAAAACAUUGAUCGAAAAUAUUAUACCUCUCUUUUGUGCCAAUUUCUCACUGUAUUUCUCUUGAUUCUUCAAAAAAAAUGAAAUUUUUACAGGGUGGUUAAUGACAGCGAUCAUAAGACAUGUGCACUGUUGCUGACAAGAAUGAAGGAGGCAAGUAGACAAUUGCCCUCCCCUAGCCAGUGAGUGUUUUUUCUAUUUUAUUUGGGUUUGGCAGGUUUAUGGGUACUGUACUGUUUCCGGGAAGUUUAUACAGGUUUGAAAAAUGUUUAUGCUAUGUAUGUUUCUAGAAUUUUUGUUUUGUAUUUUUCAACCAAAAAAUUAUUUUCUCAAUUUUCUCGGUAAUGUUUGAGAUUCCAAUAAACCUAUAACUUCACCAUUUAUCUCUGAAAUAAGAUUUUUUUCGAAAUUUGUUUGGCAAAACUUAAAACUUGGCCGGUUGGAACUCUCCCAACACUUUUCUCAUCCUAGGACAUUUCUUGAUGUUUGGUUAUAAUGCCACAUUUUUUAUUUUGAGGUCAACAUGAUGCCCUUUUCAAAAUUUAGUUUCAUAAAAUAUUCAUAGCAUUGUUGCCAGUUGGAAACUUUUUCUGGAUUUUUUUUUUUGACAAAAAAUAUUCCCCCACAUUUAUGAUUUGAUGUGUGAAUUUUGAUUUUUGAUUUCUGAUUUCAGAUUCAAAUUUCAGCCAAAAAAAUUCACAAGUUUAGUUUUUUCAAACUCAAGAGCCCACUUUAACUCUGAACUCACUUUCCUAUUCCUUUUUAACUCAUAACUUUUUGUUUCCACUCGUUUUUUUUUCAAAACUAUACAUGUAUAAGUAACAUAAAAUGUUUAUGACUUUGGCCGUUUUUUGAGCAAAUUUUCUGAAUAAAAAGAAAGUAUCAAAUGUAUGAAGGGUUCUGUUUGGGACUCGCCCUUUUCCGGCAAUCUUCAACCACUUAUGCUUUUUGCUUUAGGCUUCAAGAAUAGCAAGGAAAAAAAUGAACGUUGUAGUAGAAAAGAAGCAAUUUUUUAUCUCUUUUCGUGUUUUUUUUUCGAACUCUCUCUUUUCUGUGAAAAAAAGAUAUAUAUGUGCAUCUAUAUUUUUUUUCGUUUGGAUUUCCUCCAAACAACAACAACAACAACAAAAAACAACAAAGUUUGUUUUUGUUGGAAAAUGUCGCUAAUUUUUCAUUUGUACAUAGACAAAAUAUACAUGAAGAUUUCGUGGUUUUUGAGAUGUCAUUUAGAAUGAAAUUUAAAAUUCUAACGACGUGUUUUUUUCUUGUUGAGAAUCUCGAAAAUUUAAUUAGUUGGUUGGGUGACCCGAAAUAGUUCAUUUCAGAAUCAGUCAUGAAAAAUAUCGUGAAGUGCCCAAAUUUUUAGGAUUAGAAAACAUUUCAAGUCAAUUUCUUUUAAAUGCUCUAGAAAUUUCAGAUUCUGAAACAUCGUUUAGGUUCAAAAAAUGUUUCCGAUUUGUGCUUCUGAUUUUCUUUGUCAUUCUCUCACUUUUGAGUGAUUUAUUUUCAAAAUUUUUAAUUAUCGUAUGCCAGUAAAAUCCCCGGGGCUCUUAUCCCGAUAUGUCUGAAAAUAGGUUCAACACAUUUUUGGCCCCAUAUUCUAGGUUACCAAAUUUCAGAAAUUUGACUUGGGCUCUUUGAAGAGCCCCAAAAAAAGAAAAAAACAUUAUUUUUGAGACAUGUCAAUAAUUUGUAUAUUUCCGCUUUUUUUUUACAAUCCUUUCCUUUCUCUUUCCUGGUUUAUUCUCAUUUUCUUUAGCUGGCUCACAAGCCUUUUGAUUUUCAACCAACCAACCAACCAAUAAAAUAAGAUACUGAAAUCAUACUUAUAUAUUAUUGGGCUUAUGUCCCGUUUGACCUAUAUAAAUGCCCCACUUUCGAAUUUUUAAUUCAGACGUGAAAAUCUUUUAAUCUUUUUUCAUUUCAAGAUUCCGAAAAGAAUUCACAUAUUCACAUAAUGAUCUUAUUCCACUUCAAUUUUGCUAA